AGUUUCAAAGGGCCGCAAAAAGGGACCGCAUGAGGGCGUAUUUUUCAAGAUGGCAGCGUUCAUGGAAAGACUCGCGAGGAACUUCUUGGCAUUAAAAGUUCCCAAUUUUUCACUGAACAGCAAUUUGAAGACCGUGCAGUGUGUGAAAAAUUUUCACACGUUGAAGAAUUGUAACUCAGUUCAUCUUCUUCCAAAGCAACUUUUGUGUGUACGGUGUGCUGGGAACUCAACAAGGUUCCUUAGAUGUAAAUCCUCAGCAUCCAAUACAUCUGUAGUUGAACAUGAAAUGCCAACAGAUGUCGUCCAGUCAGUGGAAGCGGAGAUUCAGUCAGGCCUUAGUCGUCUCUUUGCAGUUGUGUUCAUCGCUGGCCAACAGUUCAAGGUGACAACAAACGACCUCAUUCAGCUACAGCAGCACAUACCUGCCGAUGUUGGCGAGAGAAUAUGCCUGCAAAAGGUAUUGUUAGUAGGUGGGGACAACUUCACCCUUUUGGGAAGGCCACUUUUAAGUCCAGAGAAAGUGAGAGUUGAAGCCACGGUGAUUGAGAAGACAAAUAGCCAGAAGAUCAUAGUCUUUAAGAUGAGGAAGCGAACGCGAUUCCGCAAAUACCAUGAAAAGUACGUCAAUUUGUCGGUGCUGAGAAUCAACAGUAUCGAAGUGGCACCCAAAGUGUCAUAGCACCUGGGGAGUAAGGACUACAAGCAGCAAGCUUCAUUCAGUUUUGGCAGGACAGCAUGGAUUUUUCAGCAGAGUUAAUCUUGGGGGAACAGAGCUUGUUCCUUUGACGAUUUGUGAUGAAAAGCCGUAUUCUCUCUGAGUGAUCUCCGUUUGCUUUUUCUCAGGUUUGCAGCAUUGCUAGUGUUGCUAGCAUUGUGACUUUGGGCAUGAUCCCUGGCUACAUGGCAUAUACAAGUUUUGUAUAUGGCUUCUGACUAGCGCCCCUUGAACCACUAACAUAAGGUUGGAUAGCUCAGUUGGUAGAACACCGGUACUGUUUUCCAGUGGUUGCAGGUUCAAACCCUACUUCAGUCAAUAUCUUUGUCCAAUUUUAUGAUUAAAGGAGUUGAGGUUUACUUUCAAGGGUUGGCUGGUUGUGGAGGCGAUUCUUGGGAGAACUUGCGCCUUGCCUUUUAUCUAGCCCAAAAAAUCAUGGUAGAUCAUUUUCAAAUUUUUACUGUUCUGUUUCCCCAAAGAUGGACUAUCAUUGUCGUGUCUCAAUCCACUUUUUUUCUGCACGCAACCUUGUUUCUUUGUUGGGCACACUGACAGCAUUUGAAAAGUUUGUGUUGCUGCACUAUACCGUUAAUAUGAAAAGUGUAAAUAAAAUGUAAAAGCCCAAGAAAUUGCA